UAGCAAGUAUCAUCCGAAUUGACCUAAAUCUUCCGGUGAAAUCCUUUGAAACGUCACUGUCAUUGUCAAUAUCGACCAAUCAAAAUAGUUUUAUAAUGACAGGCAGAAUGAUUUUAAUUUUAAGUUUCUAGUGAUAGGUGAGAAGUGUAUUUAUUUUUGUGGUCAAUUUUUAUGGUUUUCCAUCAAAAUACUCAUCAGGAAAUAUAUUAAAAUAGUGAACAUUAAAUCCAUGGUUUCCAUAAUUGUGGUAUUACGUGUUUAAGCGUUCUGUUUUGAAACAAUAUUGAGAAUAUACGAUGCAACCAUUUGGAGAAAACAUGUCGAAUAUUCCUGCCUUUUUAGGCAAAUUAUGGAAAAUGGUAAAUGAUCCCAACACUGACCAUUUGAUUUGCUGGAGCCAGGCUGGUAACAGUUUCAUUAUACAAAAUCAGGCACAGUUUUGGUAUGAAUUGUUGCCGUUGUAUUACAAACAUAACAACAUGAGCAGCUUUGUUAGGCAGCUCAAUAUGUAUGGGUUUCAUAAGAUAUCUACGAUUGAAAACGGUACAAUGGAUGCGGACAAAGACGAGAUACAAUUUUUCCACAAAUACUUUCAGAAAGAUCAGCCGGAACUCCUGAGGAAUAUUAAACGAAAAGUUACUGUAGCUAAAUCGGAAAGUAAUAUACAAAAUGUGCUAAAAUUCGACGAUUUAUCCAAAGUUUUCACCGAUGUUAAGCAGCUAUACGGCAGGCAAUCUAACGUCGAUUCGCAAUUAAGCGCUAUGAAGCAGGAAAACGCUGUAUUAUGGAGAGAGCUGGCGAUGCUUCGGCAGAAACACUUGAAGCAACAGCAAAUAGUCAACAAACUGAUUCAAUUUUUGGUGACGUUAGUGCAACCUUCUCCCUCGUCGAGGAUGGGAGUCAGCGUGAAGAGGAGGAUGCCUCUCAUGCUGCACGAAAGCCCAAUGAAAAAACCGAAAAACAAAAAACCCAAUUGCCAUGACAAUGACAACGGGCCGACUAUACACGAGCUGGACAGCGAGAUUGAGAUUAUGCCUGACGAGCUCUUCAAUCAGGACAUCGAAGCCGAGGGAUCGGUAACGAGUCCUCAAACAUCCGUUACAUCACCACUGACCCCCCAAGCCGACUCUACAAAACCCUCUACUACAGUCUCAACAAGCAAAAGUAACCCCCAAGAAGGGUUAUCUACUGAAAACUUAUUCAUAGAGCUCGAUCCCGAUGAUUUGCUGAUGGAAAACCCAGCCGGGGGUAAUCAAUCGACGAACGAAAGCGACGAGAAAGUAUUUCUAAACCCGAUGGGAGGCAACACGCUGCUCAGCAACAUAGCCAAUGGAAGUUACAACGCCAAUGUGAUAAACGCGAAGAACGGAAAGAAAAUUAACAACAACAAACUAUCCGACAGUGUGCUCAACAGCUUUCUGGAAUUCAAGGAUAAUAAGGAUGAUCUGACGGUCGCUACGAGGAUAAAUAACGGUACGCUUGGUACUAAUGAUUGUUCCAGGGACGAUUUAGAUACGCACUUGGAGGCCACCCAGUCGGAGCUGGACCAAUUGAAGGACAUUUUGAGGAGUUGCAACGGGGUGGACGCUAACGCCUUACUCGGAGUAAGUAUCCCAAGAUUGUUUGCCGACGAAACGCCGUCGUUUGGGCUGCCCUACAAUCCCGGUGGCGACAACGAGAAGAAUAAUCCUUUGGAUACUGGACCGAAUGAUCCUAUGGUUUCUGGAAGCGAGUUGGCUACGUACGGGACAAAUCUGAUAGAUUUUAAUGAGUUAUUCGACGAUUCACUGGAUGGACAAGAAACGGUUCCUUCCAAAGAUUUGCAAACACAAAUUAGUAAUAGCACGAUAAAUACGCCGAUGGUUGUUAAGGAACAACCAGUUUUUCCCUCUCUGGGCAAGGAUAUGUAAUUUUUUUUAUAUCGUGAUUUUUGCUUAAAUUGACAGUAUUGAUUCAACGGGUUUUGCGAAAGUUUAAAAGUUCCCUCAAUAUUCAAACUAAUUAAUGGUUAAUUGUACUGCAUUUUCUACUGUCAAUCGUGCUUAAAUUACUAAAAUAUCAUCAAUUCAUUUGUUGUGCACCAAAUUUAUCGAAUUACAGUGUCGCUGAUUUUGAAUAAAUCCGAAUUUCCAGAAUAAGUUUAAAAAUAACGUAGGUAGCGUUGGAAAUCAUUGUUACAUUUUCAUUGCUUAUUUAAAAUGUCGAACAUGUAGGUAGUAAUGACACACAAAUAUUUUGAAUCUUAACAAACGCAUUUGAAACUUGUAUAAAGUUUAUAUUUAACGUAAAGUUUAAAUUAUUUUGCGGAGUAGUUAGAUAGAUGACUUGUAAGUAUGGAGACUGUGGCCUUUGAAAAUGACGAAUAUAUUUUUACACUCGGAAAUUGUUCUGAAAACAUCAAUUAUUCAAUUAGAUAAUUACACUUAGAGUAUAAUGAAUAUGAAAAUAUAAAUUUAAUCUCGUUUUUGAUAGAUGUUUGGAAAUGUAGAUAAUAUUUAUUAUUUCUAGUUACUCGAUUCUCAUAGAUUAAAUAGAAAGUUAAAUUUUUAUGUUCCCUUCGAUUUUUGUAUUUUACCAAUUUUUAAAAAGUUGAAUUGUAAAUUUAUAUUAAAUCGCCGUUUCCAUAUUAUAUUUAUUUUUCGAUCUUAGUCGUACAGGUACCUCUAUUAGUUAAAUGUAACAGUUUUUUUGUUAUUUGUUAAUAAAUUGGUAAGACAUU